AUGUCAGCAAGUAGCUCAGAUGAGGCAUUGGAUGCGGUGUCACUGAAUGACCUGGGAAUUUUUAAUGAACCGGAUGAUUUCAGACCAAAACCAGAAAAAGCACACUUUGUGGUAUACGAGCGAAAAGGGUACAGACAAGAGGACGAGCGCGGAGUAAAGCAGAUAAAACUUCGCUUGGUGGGUAAAUCUCCACUUUGGGGACAUCUUCUAUGGAAUGCAGGCAAAUAUACAGCCGAAUAUAUAGAUAAGCACGCACAAGAACUUGUAAGAGGAAAAAACGUCGUUGAGUUUGGCUCUGCAUCUACACUUCCGUCUCUGUUAUGUUGUAUAGAUGGCGCAAGGAGGGUUGUUGCAACAGAUUACCCGGACCAGGACCUUCUGUUGAAUAUGCAAUACAACAUCGAGCAUUUAGAUUUUGAUAAAGAUACCAAAAGCAGAGUUCUUAGUACAGAAGGCUUCAUCUGGGGAAAUGACACUCAGCCAAUUAGAGAAAAGCUUAGGGCCCCAGACGGAAGCAAGUAUGAUGAGUUUGCCGACUUUGUGAUUAUGUCCGAUCUUGUAUUUAACCACACUGAGCAUAGGAAGCUUCUGAGAUCAUGCAAGGAGCUAAUUAAGCCACUUUCAGAUAAAAAUAAGCCAAGGAGUGGUGGAAAAUGUCUUGUUGUGUGGAGUCCACAUCGUCCACGGAAGAAGAUGAUUGAGAAUGACUUCAACUUCUUUGAGAUAGCCAAGACGGAGUUCAAAUUUGAUGUUGAGUUUGUGGAAAUGGUGCAUUGGUCGCAUCCGAUGUUUUUGGAGGAGCCGAAGGAGACAGAAGAGAUUAGAAAGCGUGUUUACUGUUAUAUUCUUCAUCCCACAUGGUGA